AGUGGAGAGUAUUUGUUGAUUUCUUUGAUUCUUUCUUUACACAGGGUUUCUGGAGUUUUAUUUGAUUAAGUAAUGUAUUUUUAGGCUUUAUUUCAAUCAAUUGCAGUUUAAUUAUUCACUUGUUUUGCCAUUUGAAGCUGUAGUUUAUGAGCAAUUCUUCAUUUGUAUUGUCAUUAGACUAAAUUUGGGUUUAGCUUUUCUGAGCUGCGAAUAUGCUAAUGAUAGGCUUCAUUUGUUGACAUUCUCAUCUAGUGCUUUUUUCUUAUGCGGGACAAUAUUUUCUUGUUCCGAGAUUAUAUAGCUUUAGUUUCCAGCUCAUGCAUUGGCCAGACAAUUUAGCUUUACCUCCUUAGCUGAGCGUUAUUGAAUUUGUGAUAUUUUGCUUUGUACCCCAUUUCUUGAUUUGCAGUUUGAACUUGCUGCACCCGAUAAGUUGCAGUCGAGAGAGCUUUUGGUCCGGCUAUAUAGUUGGGAGUCAGUGUACUUCGGGCCUGAACUUUCACUGUCAGAUUGGUAGUAUGUGGUGUAUCUUUGUGCCGUUUGCUAAUGGGAUAUGGAAGAAGUUUUGCCUUGAUUUGUGUAUGAAGAUUGCUUAGAUGAUGAGUACUGUUUGCUAGUGGGAGAUGGAAGAAGUUUGCCUGGAUUUAUGUUUGAAGAUUGCUUAGAUGAUUAGUGUUGAAUAAGGUUAUUAUUAUUACGGCCUCAAUGGGCGGUCUCUGUUCGAGAAGAGCCACUGAUGAGACUACGUUGGGUGGUGCACUUCCUCAUGUUAAUGGACGCUUCACUGGAAUAGUUUAUCAAUCCCGUGGACUGGAUAUCCGAGAAGAGAACAUUCUGAGGGAUGUGGAAGUUACAGAUAACCAACUGAGGGAACCAUUCUCCUUUCCAGAGUUGAGUUCUGUUCCUCAUGGGACAAAUAUGGAUGAUAUCAAUGAUGGAAUACCUCGGUUGUCUAGGGCUUUAUCUGAUAAAUCGAGAUCAACAAGAACAAAACAGGUUGCAUUGACAAAGGUCUCAGAAAUGAGUUCACGUCUUGGCAGAGCAGGCCAUGCCGGCCUCGAGAAAGCAGUUGAUGUGUUGGAUACUCUUGGCAGUAGCAUGACUAAUUUGAAUCUUAGCAGUGGUUUUGCAUCGGGGUUGGCUACAAAAGGAAUCAAAAUAUCAAUAUUGGCUUUUGAAGUGGCGAAUACCAUUGUUAAAGGUGCCAAUCUGAUGAAUUCACUUUCGGAAGAGAAUAUUAGGCAUUUGAAGGAGGUGGUACUCCCUUCUGAGGGUGUACAGCGUCUAACAUCGAGGGAUAUGGGUGAACUCCUAAGAGUCGCUGCAGCUGACAAGAGAGAUGAAUUGAAAGUCUUCUCUGGUGAGGUCAUUCGCUUUGGGAAUCGGUGCAAGGAUCCUCAGUGGCACAACUUGGACCGUUACUUUGAGAAGUUGGAGUUAGAACUCACACCUCACAAAAAAUUGAAAGAUGAAGCAGAAUGUGUGAUUCAACAUUUGAUGGUGUUAGUUCAGAACACUGCUGAACUAUACCAUGAAAUGCAUGCAUUAGACAGAUUUGAACAAGACUGCCGGCGCAAAGCUCAAGAAGAGGAUAACUCAAAUGCUGCACACAGAGGAGACAGCCUUGCAGUUCUGUGUGCAGAGCUGAAGAGUCAAAAGAAGCAUGUAAAGAAUUUGAAAAAGAAGUCUCUAUGGUCCAAGAUAUUGGAGACGGUGAUGGAGAAGCUUGUGGAUAUCGUCCAUUAUCUACAUUUGGAGAUCCAUUCUGCAUUUGGUUCCAGUGAUGGAAACAAGCCAACGAAAGACCACCACCAAAAGCUGGGAUCUGCUGGACUUGCACUCCACUAUGCAAAUAUCAUAACCCAGAUUGAUACACUUGUCACUAGAUCGGGAUCAGUGCCGCCAAGUACAAGAGACGCUUUAUACCAGGGACUGCCACCAACUGUGAAAUGUGCUUUGCGUUCUAGACUGCAAUCUUUUCAACUAAAGGAAGAGUUUACUGUCCCAAAAAUCAAAGAAGAAAUGGAGAAAACUCUUCAAUGGCUGGUGCCUCUGGCCACUAAUACAACAAAGGCUCACCACGGCUUUGGUUGGGUAGGUGAAUGGGCAAAUACAGGAUCCGAGAUGAACCACAAACUUGCUGGCCAGAUGGAUUUGCUCCGCAUCGAAACUCUUUAUCACGCGGACAAGGAGAAAACGGAAGCUUACAUUCUUGAUAUGAUAUUAUGGCUGCACCACCUUAUCUGCCAAUCAAGGGCUGCAAAUGGUGGGCUAAGAUCGCCCGGCAAGUCCCCAAUCAGGUCCCCUAACCAGAGAAUGCUCCAGCUUUCGAGCCAGAAACCGAGCUCACCGUCCUCAGCGCUGUCAGUUGAGGACCAGGAGAUGCUCCGGGACGUUAGCAAACGGAAGCUGACUCCCGGAAUAAGCAAGAGCCAAGAAUUUAACACAUCAAGAGCCAGUCUUUCCAAGCACCACAGGCUAACCAAGAGCAACAGCCAUUCUCCAACACAUGAAACCAAGAGGGAUCCUUUCCCGAUCCGAAGGCCGUCUUCUGUCCCGAUAAUCAACUUCGACAUCGACCGGAUCAAGGUGUUGGACAUGAUUGAUAGAGUCGAUACAAUUUGAAGCCUCAACGCUGUUAUGUAAUAGGCAAGUUUUCAUGAUGCAUAUCCCCGGCCCCAGCUCAUCCACGAGCUCAUCUCUUUAGAAAGCCGAGCAUGGUGGGUGGGAGGAGGAGACGUUGCAGCACGUGUUGUACAUGGAGAGUUAUAUCUUAGGAAUAUACUGGUUUUCCCCGUGAGAUCGAGAAGAUGGGCAAGCUCGGACGAUGUUUGACCGGCGUUCGGUCGGUUCAGGUAGGAGUGAGUCCUCAUGGCAUGGGGGUGUAGUUUUCAUCAGUAUGUGUACAGAAUGAGGUAUACUUGGUUAUGUCUAUUGUUGAUGAGUUCCAUUGAUGCCCUUCUAAAUGCAUCUUGUGUUGUGAUAAAUGGAUCGAGUUAAUCUGUGUUGUGUAGGGGUGGAACCGUAAUUUUAGCACUGAUCGAGUAUUGAACGGAAAUUCUCGAUUGAUUUUUUUCUCCUGUAAAAGAAUUUGGUUUUCCGUUCAGUAUGCUGUCAUCUCAAAGAAGAAAAAUAUAGUCAUUAAAGUUGAUCGUUA